UCAAAGCGUGCUGCAAUAUUUCAAGUGGACCUAGGGGAUGUCCGUAUCUUGUAACGAUAACAAGCAAUUAUCCAGAAAAUUAACAUUGUCAGUACAUGCACCCAUGCGCGUAGUUUAUGCUUCUGUUAUGUUACGAUUAUUAUUAGUCACGAUCUGUGGUCACGAUACCACGGCAACAGUGCAACCGACACUGACAUCAGCAACAUGGCUCCUGUCUCGUUUUGGUGCUGCGUGUUCGCCGUUUCGUUAUUUUCCUGCCUCGGCGAGCAGGUUGAGGAAAUUGUCGUAACAUCUCGUGAAAACACCGAAGACGCGGUCGUCACUGAACCAGAAGAUCCAGGUGUCCAGAAUGUACUGCAUGUCGACGCUGCGGAACAAGACGCGGAAACUAACAGCACAGCUGCCGACGACACCAACAACUCCACGGAAACGGCUGGCGCCCGCAACGCGUCGUCGGCGACGACGAAUCCGAUCCGUUGCCUCCCCAGUAACGUGUCGAGGAACGAAAGUGACGAAUUCAACGCGUUGCAGCUGAUCAACGGCACGGCUCUUCUACAGGAGCUCUCGCCCGCGCCAAACAAGACCAACUCGACCAGCGGCCGUUGCAUUGUCGUCACGUUCUACUCUCCCUACUGCAAUUUCUGCGCCAGCGCUGCGCCCUACGUCAACGCUUUGCCCGCCGGCUUUCCCGAUCUCGAGUUCUACGCCGUGGACGUGGUCAAGUCGAGCCACAUAAACAUGCGCUACGGCCUCGUCGCCGUCCCCAGCAUACUCCUCUUCCACAACGGCCGCGCCGUGGCCAAGUUCAACGACACGUUCGUGACUAUGCAAGGUUUGAUGGCGUUCGUUACUAGGCACACGGGAAUGCAAGCCAGUCGGCCGCUAGACCCAGACUACAGCGGUCCGCUGGCCGAUAAGCCGUUGGAAUACACCGACUGGGUGCUCAUUUCGGCGUGGCUGUUCACCAUCGUCUGUGCCGUAGGCGCCUUUCUGCGGUCCAGCCUCUGCAAGAGAAUGGUGGCCAGCGUCCAGAACGCCUGGCGGGAAGCCCAACACCAGCAUCAAGACUGAUAAGGCGUGUAGGGCGGAGCAGUAUCGAAGUGCGCACGCUGCCAAAGUUUCACAGGAUGGUUUUGAAGGCAGAGAGCAGCUCGUGAAGGUGCUGUCCCGUGUUACGUCAUUGUGUGAAACGGGGAUCUCAGAAACGGGCAAGAUUUACAGCAUUUUCUUGUAUGUCUGCUGUGGUAAGAAGCCAGCAGCUAUUUACAAGUGGAUUUUGCUGUCAAUAACACACCAUACAAGAUGAUGCUAAAAGUUGAGCUGUUCAGACCAAUCAAAGAGCUCUGGGCUGGCUGACCAUUACGUGGUGACAAGGUGGUAGCCCGUAAAGUGCAUUUGUCAAGGAAGUGGCGCAUCAUUGUAGCUGAACAGUGAUGGUGGUGAGCUAUAAUGACAAGAAGUUGCACUUUUUAGGCCUACGUGAAAGUUACGACUAUUGGUGCAUCUGCUCAUAGGCGCAAGCUUGUAGUAGAUGACUGCUGGAACGUGCGACGAGAGUAGGUGCAUUGUGUGAUGUGUAAAUAAACCAUAGACUGUCGUGUACCAUAUGAAGUCUUCACAAACAGUUCUGUGCUAAAUACGAGAUGUUUUGGUUACAGACCUGGAUAAAUGCAGCAGCACUGAGCCUGUGUAUGCAUUUCGUUUGAGAACCUUCCAGAAAACCCAGCCAGGCUUACUGUUAUCUCUGAAGUGAUGAAAUAAUUGACUAUUUGUUUAUAUACGUUGGUGUUCUGUUCAAUAAAAUAAAAGUCUCUACGCAAUAAA